CUCUCCCUCCCUCUCUCCCUGUCAGUGUCAUUCUGUAGUGGAGAUGUGGAGUGUCUUUCUGUCUCUCUGUCUGUUUUUCCAGCCUAACUCAGCUGAGGAAGUGAUGCUGCUGGACACAACAGAGUCUACCUCAGAGCUGGGCUGGAUCACCUAUCCAGAUACGGGGUGGGAUGAGGUCAGCGUCCUGGAUGACCGAGGGAAGCUCAUACGAACCUUUGAAGUCUGCAAUGUCAACCAAAAUCCCCGUCAGCAGGACAACUGGUUGGCUACUCCUUUCCUGUACCGCCACUCGGCUCCACGGGUGUUCGUCACGUUGCGUUUUUCUGUGCGAGACUGCGCGAGCCUGCGUUCACCGUCGCCCGCCUGCAGGGAGACACUCACUCUAUACUACAAGCAGGCCGACUCCCAGAGGGAGCUGGAGAGGACUUGGGUAGCUGAGCCAUCGAGCGGGGAGAGGGAGACCAGGGAGGGCUGGGUAAAGAUUGACACCAUCGCAGCCGAUAAGAGUUUUUCCAAGGUGGAGCCCAGCUCACCUCACCAGUAUCAGCCCAACAGAUACAGCCGUAUCAACAUUAAGACACGCAGCUUUGCUCCCCUCACACGCAAAGGAUUUGUCUUGGCCAUCGUCGACAGCGGAGCUUGCGUUUCCCUCAUGGGGGUGUCUAUCUUCUACCGCCGCUGUCCAGCCACGAGCCUCUACCUAGCUUCGUAUCCACCGACUCCCUCGGGUGCCGAGCCAACUGCUUUAGUGCCUGUGACUGGGACGUGUGUCCCUCACAGUAAGGCACAAGGAGACACGCCCCCUCGCAUGCACUGCAAUGCUGAAGGAGAGUGGAUGGUGCCCGUCGGUGGAUGCGUCUGUGAUGAAGGUUAUGAGCCGAACCUCAAUGGAUCUGCCUGUCUGGCCUGUCCUGUGGGCUACUUUAAGUCUAUUUCAGGCUCUAUUCCCUGCACUGUGUGCCCAUCCAACAGCCGAACCAGCCAUGAGGGAUCGAGUGUGUGUGAAUGUCGCAGCGGCUUUUACCGGGCCGCCAGCGAUGCCAACUCUUCUGCCUGCACAACUCCUCCGUCUGCUCCUGUCUCUCUGACCUGGGAGUAUGAGAGCGGCGAUGGUGGGGUUUCCUUGAGGUGGCGCCCUCCGGUGGACAUGGGAGGCCGAAGUGAGGUGUGGUACGGGGUGGUGUGUCGCAUCUGUCCGUCACCGACCUUCACCAACUCGGCUUUGUGCUCUUGGUGUGGGGAGGGCGUCACCUUCAGCCCCUCCCAGACCAACCUGAAACAAACCAAGGUCACCCUCAACAACCUGCUGACCAGGGUCACGUAUCUCAUACAGGUGCAAGCCAUGAAUGAAGUGUCAGCUUUGAGUCCUUUCCCAGUUCGAUACUCAAGCAUCAAUUUCACUACGAGCCAGUCAGUUCCCAGUACCGUUCCUAUGAUGCACCAGCUGAGCCGGGCCCCGGACUCCAUCACUCUGUCGUGGCCUCAGCCAGACAGGCCUAAUGGAGACAUCCUGGAGUAUCAGCUCAGAUACUAUGACAAGGGUUCAGACGUGGACAGCGCAUUGACUGUGUACAGUGAGACUAACACAGUGACCGUCAAGUCUCUGAUUCCCGGCUCCAUCUACGCCUUCCAGAUCAGAGCUCGAAAUGAGCGAGGCUACGGGCCCUACAGCAACACCAUCUACUUCACGACGCUGCCUCUAGAGGAGCAUUCACAGCAAAUCCAGACCCGGCUUCCUCUGCUGGUGGGCUCAGUCAUGGGUGGGGCCGCGUUUCUCCUUGUCGUGGCAGCCAUUGUGGUUGUGGUGGUGUUUCGCAGUAAGAGGAGGGAGAGUCCAUACAGUGACCGACUCCAGAGGUACAUCAGUAACAGAGGUGGAGUUAAGUAUUACGUUGACCCAUCCACUUAUGAGGACCCUAGCGAGGCCGUCAAAGAAUUUGCCCGUGAGAUCGACCCAACUCACCUCAAGAUCGAGGAGGUGAUUGGUGCAGCCCAAUUUGGCGAGGUUUCUCGUGGUCGUUACCAUCCGCUGGGUCGCAGGGAAGUGCUGGUAGCAGUGAAGACUCUGCGCUGGGGGGCAUCAGACAGAGAGAAGGGGAUGUUCCUCAGUGAAGCAGGAGUCCUGGGACAGUUUGACCACCCCAAUGUCCUGAAACUAGAGGGUGUUAUCACCCGUACCCCUCCAGAGAGGAUCAUCACUGAGUUCAUGGAGAACGGGCCCCUGGAUGCCUUCCUCAGGGAGAACGAAGGUCAGUUCAGUGUCCUCCAGCUUGUCGGGAUGCUCAGGGGAGUUGGAGCAGGGAUGCGUUACCUCUCUGAGAGAAACUUUGUUCACCGAGACCUGGCGGCCAGGAACGUGUUGGUCAACUCCAACCUGGUCUGUAAAGUAUCUGAUUUUGGCCUCUCCAGGCUUAUGAGGGGCUUGGACCACAACAUACCAACUUACACUGCCUCACUGGGCAGUAAGAUUCCUGUGAGAUGGACGGCACCUGAAGCAUUUCAGCAUCGCAAGUUCAGCUCAGCUAGUGAUGUCUGGAGCUUUGGAAUACUGAUGUGGGAAGUUAUGUCCUACGGAGAGCGUCCAUACUGGGACAUGAGCAAUCAAGAGGUGAUGAAGGCAGUAGCAGAUCAGUACCGUCUCCCGGCCCCCCACAACUGCCCCCCUGCCCUCCACUCUCUAAUGCUUCAGUGCUGGCAGGCCGAGCGGGCAGACCGACCAGGUUUCGACUCAGUCCUGUCUUCUCUGGAUCGACUCAUCAGGCACCCCGCGUCCCUCAAAGCUGAGCCAACUCGAAGCUGCUCCCAGCCGCUGCUCAGCCCCACUCCCACAGACUUAUCGUCAGUGGUGACAGUCAGUGAUUGGCUGAAAGCGCUGAGGAUGGAGAGGUAUCAGGAUGAGUUUGAUCGAGCGCACCUGGACACAUUAGACAGCGUCAGCAAGCUUACGAUGGAAGACGUCCAGGAUCUCGGCGUGAACCUGCUGGGACACCAGAGGAAGAUCGUCAGUGCAGCCCAGCAGCUCAGGGCUCACCUGACACAGGGGCAGGUGGAGGUCUGAAACCUACCAGCAAUAAACCCUGUGCUGUGGAUUUAUGGGCUUCACAUUCCUUUGCUUGUUGCGUCCAGUUUCGGCAACAUUUUAUUUGGAUGGUGCACAUUUUAACCGUAACAAAAAAGAGAGCGAGAUAAUCAGCUAACAGUGCCACUCUGUCUAUUCUGAUAUACCUGACACUGCAACCAGAAGCAGUGAGAAAAGACUUUCUCAGCCAGUCAUUCGAGACGACUAACAGAAGAGAGAUACACUACAGGAGCUGCGGCCCAACUCAAAGUGAGGCUAGAAAGUUGCUGACAAGGAGGACUUUAAAGGUUCCUCUAUGUUUUUCCACUAGAUUUCACUUUAUUGUUGUCUGCCUUCUCCUCUCCUCCCCCCUCUGCAGUCCAAUCUCUCCCUUCCUCCUCC